CGGCCGGAGGAGCGGCAGGAGCGGCGCCGCAGGCGCUUCGAGAAACUCAUAAACACGUGAGAGAAGAUGACAAGAUCUAGAUCAAGAUCACCACGAUGGAAACCAAGGUCCUUAUCUCCAGCUUUUAGAACUCCAGAGCACCAUAGGCAAAGGCAUGCUCACAUUAAUUAUGACUGUGAAUAUAAAAGCUUUCGUAAGGACCCCAAAAAGUCUAUGCCUUGGAGAACAGAAGAUGAAAAGUAUGGACAAAGCAAUUCCAGGUUUGCACCUCAUGGAAAUAACCACCAGAGAAUAUAUGAACGUAGGUCACCUUCACCAAACCUGAAAAGAAUUCCCAUGGAAGAUGCUUACAGUCAUAAGCCCUACAGAACACAUUCACCUGAAAGGACUGAAAGCAAUAGGAGGUGCCAGUUACCACCAAAAUACUCGGAAAUGCCUUAUAAAGAGCAUGAUCGUCCCUUUUACCAGCACAAAAUGGAGGACAGAUACAUGUUUGAUCAUUACAAAGUCACUGGAAAUGAAAAAGGAAUGAAACCUUUUCAUAGACCAUUAGGGGGUUCAUGCAAGCUUGAAAGAAAAUGGCAUGAAGAUGACUUGAGGCACCAGAGGUUACACGAAGAGAAGUAUGGUCAGUCACCCAGAAGAGUUUCUGAUGAAUUUACGGCAAGGAGCUCUUUACAGAAGAGGUAUCCUGAAGAUCACGAUUACAGAGAAUAUUGGCACGCGUCUAAAAGGGCUAAGGAGGUGGAGAGGUAUGACGGUGGAGAUGUAGCAAGGAAUUCCAAGUGGAAGCAAGAACGUUCUUUUCCACCCUGCCAAGAAAAGGAGGAGCAAAGAUAUCUGGGUCUGCAGUCCCACCGGUCGGCCGAGAGGGAGUACUUGGGGGGGUCUGUCCCAAAGAUAGCCUAUGAGUACAGUCACAAACGGCGCAGGCAUCUGGAUGGGGAAAAGCCUUUUCCAGAUGACAGAGCUCAGAAGUACGUGAAGCAGGAAGAGCAGAAGUACAGCUCUUCCAAGAGUGCCCGGAACAGCAAGGAGUUGGAUUACUUUAGUGGUGGCAGAGCGAGGCGGACUGAAGAACGGCACGUCGAAGAACCUCCUAAAUACAGUUCAAAGAAGGGUUGCAAUGCUUGUGUUAACUCUUCCAAAGAAGAUGUUGAGCUGAGAUCUUUUAAAAACAAACUGAAUGAAAGAGUGAGGAAAGAUGGGGAAUUGAGGAAAAGCGUUGAUUCCUCCAAUAGCCAGCGUGAUGCAAGUCAUACUGUUUCAGAUGUGAAAAUGUCAGAUGCCAACUGUAUGAGAGAACAUCUCACAGUGAAAGUGGAUAUGAAGAAAAUGGUGACCAAGUACAGGACUGCUUCUAGUCACACUACAGAAAGACAGAUUUCCCAUGAUCUGGUUGCUGGUGGUAGAAAAAAAGAAAAUUUUCAUCCAGUGUUUGAGCACAUGGAGUCUGUAACACAAAAUGUUGAGAAUGACCCAUCAAAAGAAUUUACUCAGGAAAUAAUCACAAUUAUUCAUCAAGUUAAAGCAAAUUAUUUUGCAUCUUCUGACAUAACUCUACAUGAACGGUUCUCAAAAAUUCAGGAUAAAUCAAGUGCAAAUACAAAUGAAGUUAAAAUGCACUUGGAUCCAGAAAUUCACAGGAGGAUUGACAUGUCUCUAGCAGAACUUCAGAACAAACGAACUGUGCCAUCUGAAUCUCCCCAGAACAUUGUAAGAGUGUUAGAAGAUCCAAAUGAUCUACGGUAUGAUAUAGAGAGGAGAAGAAAAGAGAGAUUGAAGAAUGAAGAUGAGAGAGUGUUUCAUGUAGAUGAUGUAACUCCAAGGAACCAGCAAAGCUGCAGUCUUUCAAAGUUACAAACGUCUCAAGUUGAUGGUUUCCAAAAGCCUAUGAGGUUCAUUAAGCCACCUUUCAGGAAAUUUAUUGGGAGGCCUCAGCCGAAUUCUUACUAUUCUUCAAGACCGAGUGACACUUACACCCACAGACAUAUCAGAGGACACCUUGAAAAUGCAGGACCCAUCAGAAGGCACUUUAAGAGCAACUUUGCAGAUGGCCGUUUGCAAUCACAUUAUAAAUCAGGAUUAGUGCAGAAGGGUUUAUAUAUUCAGGCUAAGUACCAGCGGUUACGUUCUGUUGGUGUAAGGGGAUUUGCCACAAAUAAAUUCAGAGAUGGAUUUUUGAGGAAAGAAAAGGGAAAUCUAAAUAUUGCAACAGAAACCUGAACUGAGCUGAGAUCCUGAAGUUGAAACAGAUAACACUGCAAAGGGAGCAUCUGUUCAGUUUUUUGACAACAUUCUCAACACUUAAAAAAUAGGAUAAAGGAACUAAUGCUGUAACUUUCUUGAUUACAAAAUAACUUUAUUUUGAAUGCUGCAAAACUUUUUUACAGUUUUAUUAAUUGCUUUUAAAGUACAGUGUUCAAAUGAAACAUCGUAUUACGUACCUUUAGUUCUGUUUGCAUACCAGUCUCAAGUAAGGAAGUCAUUGAAGUCAUUGUUGAAUACUUUUUCUCUAAGCAUGAUGUUACAGAUGGAACUUGAGUUGUUACAUCCAGAGGUUUAUAUGUUGAAAGUUUAUUGCAAAUGUAAUAAUAAAAAGAAAAAAAAAAGUGCCUGAAUUGUUUGGUAAUAGCACAUUAGCUCAGGAUUUUCGAAUUAAUGACCUUUUAGGUUGUGCAAUAGAUUUUACACCUCUGUUCAGUCAUUUCCAUAAAACAGUAUUUUGUAUUACUUUGGAUUAAUAAUAUGCUUGGGUUUCUGAUGUGUAUAUACAUUUGUAAAUUGUUAGAAUGUUGGGACAACUUUCAGCAUUUGAUUAAAAUUAAUGAUAACAGGCAGGUAUGUAAAGUACUGUAGCAGUAGCUUAUAACUGCACUGAAAGCAUGCUUGGGUUUGUUAGAAGAUUAGUUGGUCUGUAUUCAGAAUUACUCUCUCAUUAUA